AUGUCAAAAUUUUACCCCGCAAAAAAGCAAACUUUACCAAUCAUAAUGGCAGGUUUGUUCGAUUUAAAAGGUCACUUGGUAUUUUACAGAUCUUAUCACUUCAACCACGUCAAUGUGGCUAUACAUCUAGCAUGUAUUCCGGUUAUUCUUUUGUCGGUUAUUGCCUUUUUGUCACCUGUUGAGGUGACUUCAUAUCUGCCAUACAUCAACUUGGGAUCCAUAUUUGCUUGGUCUUAUGGAACAUACUAUGCUCUUCUAGAGUGGCAAUUGGGUGUGCCAGCGCUUGCAUUCUUGGCUUCUGCAGCGUAUGUUUUCAAGUAUGCACUUUUGAACUUGAAACCUACGUCUUGGAUCACACCUCAAGAGUUCACUCGAUAUGCAAUUUUCGCCAAUGUGAUAUCCUGGCUCGCUCAAUUUUACGGCCACGGAGUGCAUGAGAAACGGGCUCCAGCUUUGCUUGAUAAUUUGCUCCAAGCAUUAGUUUUGGCUCCAUUUUUUGUGGUCUUUGAAAUCGCUUUCGCACUUGGUUACAAGCCUCAGUUGAAGAAGCAGAUGGACAACGAGGCCGGGGUGUUGGUCAGGAAUUAUAGGAUGAAAGAUAAGUCGAAAAAGCAACUAUGA